CACACUUCCCAGUGUCCAUCUCCUCUCUCGUUUCCCUGUCGUCUCACUUUUGUUCUUCUUUCCUCGUCUUUUUGGCAUCGAUCCCUCUCCUAGACCUGCUCCAAGUGCGCCGGAAACAUGGGCGCAAUUAAGCGAGUCGCAGUCAUCGGCGCGGGGCCGGCUGGCGCCAUCACUAUCGACGCCCUGGCCCGUGAGAAGACCUUCGACGUCAUCCGUGUAUUUGAGCGCCGUGAGGCUGCCGGCGGCUGCUGGGUUGGCGACCAAACCCCGCCGCCUCACCUCACAGCCCUUUCCGCCCUGGCGUCCCGCACCGCUGACCGCCCGAUCCCGGUCCCGGAGACCCUCCCGACCCGAACGCCGAAAGACCCGGCCCCGGCACCGCCGCGCUUCACCGAGUCCGGCAUUUACCCCUACCUCGAGACAAACGUCGACGCCAUCCCCAUGUCCUUCUCCGAGGAGUCCAUCCCCGAGCUGCGCACCGAGAACUCCAUCUCGCUGCACGGGCCCGACACGCCCUUCCGCCACUGGACCGUCGUCCGCGACUUUGUCCAGGGACUCGUGAACCGCAACGAGUACCAGGACUUCGUUUCCUACAACACAACGGUCGAGCGGGCCGAGAAGGUCGGGCACGAGUGGAAGCUCACGCUGAGGAGGGAGGACGACGAGGGGAACGAGUGGUGGGUCGAGUGGUUCGAUGCUGUCGUUGUUGCGACGGGGCACUACUGGGUGCCGUACGUCCCCGACAUCGAGGGACUCGACGACUUUGAAAAGGCUCGUCCGGGGAGCGUCAUCCACAGCAAGCACUUUCGCGGGCGGGAACAAUUCCGCGACAAGCGCGUCGUCGUAGUAGGCGCCUCCGUCUCCGGGGCCGACAUCUCGGUCGACCUCGUCAAAACCGCGAAGCUUCCCGUCUACUCCGUCGUCAACGGUCGCAAAGCGAACCUCUACUUUGGCGACGGCGCCUUCAACCACCCGCGGCUCUCACGCCGCGCCACCAUCGCCCGCAUCGACGGCCGGACCGUGCACUUCUCCGACGGCACCUCCGUCGCCGACGUCGACAACAUUGUCUUUGCCACGGGCUUCACCUGGACCCUGCCGUUCCUACCCUCGGUCGAGGUCCGCAACAACCGCGUCCCGGGCUUGUAUCAGCACGUCGUGUACCACCGCGACCCGACGCUACUCUUCAUCGGCGCCGUGGCGGCCGGUCUGACGUUCAAGAUCUUUGAGUGGCAGGCCGUCCUCGCGGCUCGCGUGCUGGCCGGAAGGGCGAGGUUGCCGUCGGCCGACGAGCAGGCGAGGUGGGAGGCCGACCGGGUUGCCGAGAAGGGCGACGACAUCAGGUUUUCGCUUGUGCACCCGCACUUUGAAGAGUACUUUGAGACCGUGCGGGCGCUGGCCGGCGAGCCUGAGAACGGCGUUGGAAGGCCGUUGCCGGCGUACGACCCGUCGUGGCUCCAGGUCUUCCUCGACGGCCUCGAAUUGAGGAAGAAGAUGUGGGUAAGGUUGAACGCCCAAGCACAGGAGGAGCUCGAGCAGGAACCGUCGUCGACGGGUGGUCUCGAAGAGAAGGGGGGCAAGGGUGCUCGUUUACCAUCUGUGAAUGGGAUAGAGCUCGAGAAAGCCCCCGUCGUGACAACGGUUGAGACGGCUCAAGAAAUCCUGUAGG